GUGAGAAGGUCAGCUUCCCCGUGUUUGUAUUUCAGCCAUCAUCCUCCAUACUGGAGAGGCUUUAUCCGCUUGGCUUGCUUAAUUGCAGCACGUUUGACACGCAUGGAUAACCUGUGCAAUAGCGUCCUUGAUCCAGACCCCAUUUCCAUAUUGCAUCUCUUCCCCAAUGGCCUGAGGUGUCAUGGGUGCACCGAGCUGGAAAUAAUUCCCUCCUGGGGCUGUUGAAGCCCUAGAAAUGUUUGCCAAGUGAAGCUGUGGAUGCUCCAUCCCUGGAGGUGUUCAAGGCCAGGCUGGGUGGGGCUCUGGGCAGCAUGACCCCGUGGGUGGCAUCCCUGCCCACGGCAGUGGGGUUGGGGUUCUAAGCUCUUUGCUGUCCCUUCCACCCCAAGCCGCUCUAUGAUUCUGCGUUUCUAUGACGUAAGCACGGGCCCCACGCAGCCCUGGUGCAGCACAUCACAAGAGCAGCAGCCCGCGGGGAGCCGCCACCCGGAAUCUCGGAGCCGUGAGGUCACAAUGCCCCGUCCAAUGGCUGUGCGGUGCUGUGCCGUGAGCUCACAAGGCCUGGCUGCGACGCUGUCCUGUGCCGCAGGCUUUGCUCUGUGCGACGCUCACUGUGGCUGCAGCGGUGGUGUUGGAAGCAUGGUGCGAGUGUGGGGAGCCAUGGCCCCUGCCCGCUUUGUCCUCUUCCUCCUACUGAUGGCCAUGUGUUUCCGGGAGACCUGUGCUGCUCCGUGGCGAGCACCGGGAGCAGGAGAUGAACUUGGUGCUCCCUUUCCGGAUGAUCGUUUGGAUCCGGAUUUUGUGCCUGUGCCUCUGGGACAACCCAGAGGCCCUGCUGGUGAAUCAGCAGAACAGAAUCCUGCCUCUGAGCCUGAAGGGGAUGCUGGAGAUGUGACUGGAGGAGGUGAUCCAGGUUCCGCUCUGAGCUCUGGGACUGAAACUCCGGCAGAUCGCAUGGGAGUGCCCCCAGGGAGGGCUUUGCCCGGUCAUGUGUUUCCUCCUGCGCUGGAGCCCAGCUGGAAUCCCAGCGGUCCGGAAAAAGGAAAGGAUGAACCCAAAAGAGGAGAAUACUCCCAGGGCUCAUCCCGUCUCCUCAAGGAACUGGUGAAGGAAAUGGAGAAGGCAGCGCGUGGAACUGACCAACAAAGUGAGCAGGAUGCACUGCAGGAAGGCAGCCAUCCCACACUGCCAGUCUCGGGCAAAGGAACGCAGGCAGCGCCAACAACUGUCAUGCCAGGGAUGAAUGCCGGGACGAGCACAAAGGCUGCUGUUGGCAGAUCUGCGCGAAGGCGCCACAUCGCAGCGAUGGUACUGUUCUCAGCUGUGCUGCUGUCUGCGCUGGUGCUGGCCUGUGGUGCUGUGAUAUGGAUGUGCCAAAAAUACGUAGUGUGCAAGAGAGAAGAGAGAGCAGCAGAGCAGGCUCAUCCUGAUACCAACUAGGAGAGAGUUCCAACUGGAGACGAGGGCAGAACGGAGCUGGGAGAGGCAGCCGAAGAGACUCUUGCCCCAUCAAAGAAGAAUCUCAGCCAUCGUCCCAGUGCAUUCCAUUCUGCCAUCCAAGAGGCCAAAGGUCUUCAAAGUCAUCUGGAAGACUUGGAGCUUGAACUCAAAGCCGUGAAAGAGGUCCACGGGAACAGUCCUGAGUGCUGCUUUCUGUCAGGGGACGGCCCUGAAAGUGAGAGCGGAGAACCAGCAGCAGAGCUUUUGUCCUUCACCCUGCAUUCUCUGGGACAAGCAUCAGCAACAUUUCAAAGAUUCUUAGCUC